AUGGGUAUUUCCAAAGCAUUUGUGAAUGCCAGAGAGCCCACCAAUGAGGAGAAGACAAUGCUCUAUAUCAUGGCGAUCAUCGCCCCUCCGUGUCCAUUUUUCGUCUUGACCGGACCUGAGUACACGUGUCGCACAUGGGAGUUCGCCUUGUCAGUGGCACUUCAAGUCCUCGCUAUCGUUAGUGUUAUAGUAACUGGAACUGUCAAUGUGGUGUUUUUGCUAUUCCAUUUAGCUGCUUUUGUGUACUCCUUCCUGUUUGUCCACAGCGGGUUUCAAAAGGGCCGCAGCCUUUCAACAGGAUAUGUGGAUGACCAAGAAGAAACGGUAUAA